CAGCAGUUACUUCAAACUGAGACCGAUUCUGCUCCUGUUGGACCAUCACUGUCGCCUCGGGCCAUUGGUUCUGGGAGGAAGGAGGAGGAGGUGGAGGAGAGAUCCAGACCUUCCUCCAAAGGAAGAAAGCUUCAUUUAAGCUCAGCAGGAUGGAGGCGAUGCAGGACACCACCAGCGUGAGCAGGACCAUGGCUGAAACUCAGAACCGGACCGGGUCUGAUGAGCUCAUCUUCUUUGUGAAUGGAAGGAAGAUUGUUGAAAGGAACGCUGACCCUGAGAUGACCCUGCUGACGUACCUGAGGAGAAAAUUGGGUCUAACAGGAACCAAACUGGGCUGUGCUGAAGGGGGAUGUGGCGCCUGCACCGUCAUGCUGUCCAGAUACCAGCCACACUCCCAGCAGAUCCUUCAUCACGCUGUCAACGCCUGCCUCGCCCCGCUGUGCUCCCUACACCUGGUUGCCGUGACAACAGUGGAGGGAAUAGGGAGCGUGGCGAGAAAGCUACAUCCUGUACAGGAACGGAUUGCUAGGUCUCAUGGCUCACAGUGUGGUUUCUGCACACCGGGAAUCGUCAUGUCCAUGUAUGCGCUGCUGAGAAACAACCCCACACCAAAGAUGGCCGACGUGGAGGACGCCUUCCAAGGAAAUCUGUGCCGCUGUACUGGAUACAGACCUAUUCUAGAGGGAUACAAGACAUUCACAGUGGAUGGGGGAUGUUGUGGAGGCAAAGGGAAAAAUGGCUGCUGUAUGACCAAUGGGAACGAAGCUUUCCAAAACUCAAAGGACGAUACCGAGGAGGCCACAUCUCUCUACAACACGGCAGACUUUGAGCCUUACGACCCCACACAGGAAGUCAUCUUCCCUCCUGAACUUAUGAAUUUGUCUAAGUGUCAAAGUUCAUCACGUUCUCUAUGUUUCCAUGGAGAGCGGACAACAUGGCUGCAGCCGGAGAGUCUGGAGGAGUUUCUGCUCCUGAAGUGGAAACAUCCUGAUGCUCGAGUGGUGGUGGGAAACACUGAAGUGGGUAUCGAAGUCAAAUUUAAGAACCUGGUGUACCCAGUGAUCCUGGCUCCGGGUUUAAUCACUGAGCUGAAUGCAGUGACGCACUCUGAGGACGGUAUCGUAUUUGGGGCAGCAUGUACUCUGAGUCACAUGGGGGCCGUGUUGAAGGAGGCAGUGCAGAGUCUUCCUCCACAUCAGACUGAGGUCUUCCAGGCAGUCUUGGAGCAGCUACGAUGGUUUGCAGGACAGCAGAUCCGUAAUGUAGCUGCUGUAGGAGGAAACAUCAUGACAGCUAGUCCCAUUUCAGACCUCAACCCUGUUUUUAUGGCAGCAGACUGUAAACUCACUCUGAUGGACAAAGAUGGCAGUCGGGAGGUUCAGAUGGAUGAUCGCUUCUUCACAGGUUACAGGAAGACAGCUGCACAACCUCAGGAGAUCCUGCUCUCCAUACACAUUCCCUACAGCAAGAAGAGUCAGUUCAUCUCAGCCUUCAAGCAGUCCCCUCGCCGCGAGGAUGACAUCAGCAUCGUCACCGCUGCAAUGAGCGUCAUUUUCUAUCCUGGGACUGAUAUCGUUAAAGACCUGAGGCUGAGUUAUGGCGGCAUGGCACCAGUGACGGUGCUGGCCACAAAGACGGCGAACAGACUCCUGGGAAGGCAGUGGGGGGAGCAGCUUCUUCAGGUGGCUUGCUCCUCAUUGGCUGAAGAGAUGAACCUUGACCCCUCUGCACCUGGUGGUAUGGUGAUGUACCGGCGAACCCUGACCCUAAGCCUUUUCUACAAGUUCUACCUGACGGUUCUGCAGAAGCUCAGAUUGCAGGGUCUCAGUGUGGAGGAGGUUCGAUCAGAGUAUCUAAGGGCCACCGAGAUUUACCAUCCAGAGACACCGUCCAGUGUUCAGGUCUACCAGGCAGUGCCAGAGGGGCAGAGCACAGACGAUGUGGUGGGUCGUCCCAUAAUGCACCUGUCAGCCCUGAAGCAGGCCACAGGUGAGGCGGUUUACUGUGACGAUGUGCCUCUCUACGAGAAUGAGCUCUACCUGGCCCUCAUCACCAGCACCAAGGCUCACGCUAAGAUACUCUCUGUAGACGUAUCAGCGGCAGAGCGGCUUCCUGGAGUCGUCUGCUGUCUUUUUGCCAGUGAUGUUCCUGGCAGCAACAUAACUGGAACGAGACGAGAUGAGACGGUCUUUGCCGACGGCCAGGUCACCUGUGUUGGUCACAUCAUUGGUGCCAUGGUGGCUGAUACUCAGCUUCAUGCUCAGAGAGCUGCCAAAGCUGUGAAGAUCCAGUAUGAAGAGCUAAAGCCUGUUGUCACCAUCCAGGAAGCCAUCGUUGCCAAGUCCUUCUAUGAACCAAUCAGAACCAUCCAGAGUGGAGAUCUGGAAACAGGGUUUAAACAAGCUGACCACAUACUGGAGGGUGAGAUUCAUAUUGGAGGUCAGGAGCAUUUUUACCUGGAGACAAAUGUCACUCUGGCUGUUCCCCGAGGAGAAGACGGGGAAAUGGAGCUCUUUAUUUCAAGUCAAUCCCCUUCUGAUUCUCAGUCUCUUGUAGCGAACGCCCUGGGGGUCCCAGCAAAUAGGGUGCUGGUACGAGUCAAGAGGAUGGGUGGAGGGUUUGGAGGAAAAGAAAGUCGAACCACCAUGUUGUCCACUGUUGUGGCUGUGGCAGCAAAUAAGCUGAAGAGACCUGUCAGAUGUAUGCUGGACAGAGAUGAGGAUAUGCUGAUCACUGGAGGUCGACACCCCUUUUAUGGGAAAUACAAAGUUGGUUUCCUACAGACUGGUAAGGUGGUUGCUCUGGAUGUGGCUUUCUACAGUAAUGCUGGAAACUCCAUGGAUCUCUCUCUGGCAAUUAUGGAGCGUGCUCUGUUUCACAUGGAAAAUUCAUACUGUAUACCAAACGUGCGAGGCCAAGGCUUCCUUUGUCGCACUAACCUGCCAUCCAACACAGCCUUUAGGGGCUUUGGAGGUCCACAAGGAAUGAUGGUCGCUGAGAACUGGAUCACAGAUGUGGCUCAUAGUCUGGGCUGCUCAGCUGAGGAGGUUCGGCGGUUGAACCUGUACUCAGAGGGUGAGUCAACGCCCUACAACCAGGUCCUGCAUGGGCUCACACUGGAUCGCUGCUGGGACGAGUGUCUUUCAAGGUCUGAAUAUGAACAACGGCAAGCUGCUGCCAAUCUCUUUAACAGCCAGAACCGGUGGACCAAACGAGGACUCGCAAUAGUGCCAACAAAGUUCGGCAUCAGCUUUACAGCCACCUUCCUCAAUCAGGCUGGUGCUCUAGUUCACAUCUACAGAGACGGUUCUGUGUUGUUGACUCAUGGAGGGACUGAGAUGGGUCAGGGACUCCACACCAAGAUGGUCCAGGUAGCCAGCAGGGUUCUGGGUAUUCCCUGUUCAAAGAUUUACAUCUCAGAGACCAGCACCAACACUGUGGCUAACUCCAGCCCCACCGCUGCCUCUGCAUCCUCUGACCUCAACGGGGCGGCCGUGCACAAUGCCUGCGAGACGCUGCUGAAGCGCCUGGAACGGUAUAAGACCAAGAACCCUGAAGGAUCUUGGGAGGACUGGGUGAAGGCUGCUUACUUGGACAGAGUCAACCUCAGUGCAAACGGCUUUUACAAGACUCCAGAUCUGGGUUACAGCUUUGAUACAAACUCAGGCAGAGUUUUCAACUACUACAGUUACGGAGUGGCUUGUUCAGAGGUGGAGAUUGACUGUCUGACUGGAGCUCACAAGAACUUGAGAACCACUAUAGUGAUGGAUGUAGGUCACAGUCUAAAUCCAGCCAUCGACAUCGGACAGGUUGAGGGGGGCUUCAUGCAGGGUCAGGGCCUCUUCACUCUGGAGGAGCUCCAUUAUUCCCCACAGGGGGUCCUCCUCACUAGGGGUCCUGGUUCCUAUAAGAUUCCAGCCUUUGGUGACAUUCCCACUCAGCUCACUGUGUCGCUGCUCCGUGAUGCUCCCAAUGAUAAGGCCAUCUUUGCCUCCAGGGCGGUGGGUGAGCCUCCUCUCUUCCUGGCGUCGUCUGUUUUCUAUGCCAUCAAGGACGCCAUCAGAGCCGCUAGGGCGGAGUCAGGAAUGACGGGACCUUUUAGGCUGGACAGCCCAGCUUCUGCCGAAAGGAUCCGCAACGCUUGUUGUGACCAGUUCACCAAACUGUGUCCUCCUGCUGAGCCAGGAACCUUCAGCCCCUGGUCUGUACAGGUGUAGCAGAGGAAGCAGCUGUUGCUGAUCAACCUGUGGAGCACAGAAGCACCUAGUUUAACCCAACUCAUCUCACUGAUUACUGGUUGAUUGUGAUGAACUGCUCUGUGGUUCUGGGAUUAUUUUUAUACUCACUCAUAUCUGCUGCUGCCACUCGUCCAAUUUAUGUUCUAACUGUCCCUGAAUAAAACAUUAUGAAACCUA